AGAAUUGAAAACCUAAAUGCAUCAGUUAGCAAGGAAAAAUUAUUAAAUUAUAUAGACCUAUAAACAUUUAAUAUUCUGCUUCGGCGAUGACAGCGCUUUAAUCGGGACACGUCAACAGCGUCUCUCACUUCUACCAUUAUAUUUAAUCGGACUGUGUUUCGUCGUCCGUUUAGCCGCUCGCGUUAUUUCCGACAGCCCUGAAGGCACCAUAUCUUCUGCUAAGCUAGUGAGGACUGGGAGUGAUACACCUUCAUCCAAAGCAGAGGACAUUGUCUGCAAAAGGACGCUUCUCCGAGGGCUUUGUUCCGUUGACUGCACAAAAAUGUUGAACCCGCAGAGGUCUCUGUCCGAGCUGCCCAAGAUGUCAGCGGCCAGUCAGGUGGAGAGAGCCGUGCUGGAGGAGGAGUUCAACUGGUUGCUCAAAGAAGAGGUGCACGCUGUCCUAAAGCAGCUCCAGGAUGUCCUUAAGGAGGCCUCCAGACGUUUCUCAAUGCCAACGCCGGGUCUGGAGAGUCAGCUCAAGCAGGAAAACUUCAUCCUCGGCAGCUCAACCAUGGAUCAAGUGAAGGGGGUGCUGACUCUCCAGGGAGAGGCUCUGACUCAGGCCGACAUAAACCUGAAGGUUGCGAAGAGCAGCCAAGUGCUGCACUUUCAGUUCCGAGAAGACAAGCAGUGGAAACUGCAGCAGAUCCAGGAUGCCAGGAACCACGUGAACCAGGCCUUGCAGCUCCUGAGCAGUCGUGACGACAGCUACCACUUCAAGACAGGAGCUGAGGUUAACAAGCUCAUGGAUGCGGUGAUGCUGCAGCUGACGCGAGCGCGAAACCGCCUCACCACCCCGGCCUCCAUGACACUACCAGAGCUGGCCACCAGUGGUUUGAUGAAAAUGUUCACCCCUCCGAUGCCCGGGGACGUGAUGGUGAACUUCUACAUCAACUUAAGCAAACUGUGUCUGACUGUUUAUCAGCUGCACGUGCUGCCUCCCAACACCACUAAGAAUUUCAAGCCAGCUGGAAGCUCAGUGUUGCACAACCCGGGAGCAAUGUUCGAGCUCAACAGUAACCGGUUCGAGGUGAGCCACGUCCACAAGGUGGAGUGUGUGGUGCCGUGGCUCAACGACACUCUGGUGUUCUUCACCAUCUCCCUGCAGCUCUGCCAGCAGCUCAAGGAUAAGAUAUCAGUCUUCUCCAGUUUCUGGAACUACAGACCUUUCUAAUCCACGUCCAUCCUCCAGAGGCCGGUCAGACCCAAACUAACCACUCAAGUGUAAGGGACAUCCUGGGAAGGUUUUUAUUUUUGUAUAUACAUAUAUAUAUAUAUAGAUAUAUAUAUUCCUCAUGCAGUCAUUCGGUUUGAAGUGUUGCAUGAUCAACCGAAGAAGCCAGUCAGACUCUGAAAGAUUUCAACGAUUGCCAUUCCCAGUUGUGUUAGCCCAGAUGACUGACAUGUGUGUGUAUUGCAUCUCACGGUACAGUACUGACUUGAACUCUAAACGAGCGACUGUGAUUGUUGCUGAUUUACGAUUAGUUUUUUUUUUUUUUUUUUUUGGUUCUUGCUGAGUAUUUAUCUGGUCCCUCAGGGUGGGAGGACUAAGCAGCACUACGUCAUCACAGUGGGGGGUUUUUGUUCUCUUUGCGUUCCCUCACAGCAGCUUCACCUUUUGCAUCAUCUCACCAUCCAGUCCUGCAUCUUAUUUCCAGUCUUUAAGAAAGCUUUCUGUUUUCUAGUCAUGUUCAGACCCAGGAUCAGGGAUUCAUUAUUUAACGCAACGUUGAGAAGCUGAGUCACUUCUAAAGAGUGAAUCACACGGUUAACAGACACUGAUCUGGUAUUUCUGAUGCACUCUUAAAAUCAUAGAGUUCUACAAAUUCCCCAAAAGGUCCCAACUCGUACGUAAUCAGCCGCUUUCUUGCUCGUGCCACGGCUCCCUGAUAAAUUAUUUAUAAUAUGCAUGUUCGUCCUACAGUAACAGAGUCGUACUGGACAAUAACAGAAAGAGGCUGAGUUUGCAUUGCAUUUGAACUCUUGAGAGCAAAUUUGAUCGUCCAGAGUGACGUGUUUUUAUGCAGAAAUGUAGAAAUAAGUUUAAGCGCCUGUAAAUACAAGACGUUUUUCCCCAGGACGAUCGGAUGUUGAACAAGAUACAAGAUCUGUAAAUGUACAGGUCCAGAGUCCGUCAUGUAUUUAACUACAGCUGCAAGAAAUGCUCAUAAAUCUCCAUGUGUACGUUUAAGGUUAGAAGUUGAAUUGCUAUUUUCAGAUGUGCGAAAAACUAAUUGUCCAAAAGGAGAAAGUAAAACCAUCAGUCCAGUUCGUUUAGAUCUCUCAAAUUUGCAACAGAAAUCCUUUUUAAAAUGGACAUGUUCAGGUUACUGUAAAUCCAUGUUAAAAAAAAACAAAAAACAAAACAAAACUGAGGAUUUAUUUGUGUCACUAAUUUCAUACAGUGCGGGUGUUGCUAGGAAUGCAGCAGCACUGCGAAAGGAAACGCAAAAGGGAAUUAGAAAUUCCAGCUGUGGGGGGAGGCAGUAGUUUUACGAAGAACGUUCCCCACUGUGAUGUUUAACCAGAAACAGACUUAGUGACAGUACGGUAUCAUUUUGUUUGUGUCCCAGCUUCAGUGUCGUCCAUACGUCACGUGUUACUGACAUGUUUAACUUAUCUAUUCCUUCGAUGUCAAAUUUAUCAGAGCAGAAUAAUCCAGGUAGAAAUGUGAAUUAUUUGAUGGAUGCGUACUCAUUCCUAUGAUAACUUGUGAUAUUAUGAUGUGAAUUUGUCAGGCGCUGGGGCUGGCACACGUCUUUUUUUUUUUUUUUUUUUUACCCUUCGUUGCCCCUCGCUUGGUGAAAAUGACACAUUCCCUGAUAAGUCUGAACGAUAAGCUAUUUGUCACAUCUGUUGAUGGAACCUCCGUUUCAAGUGUUCGUCUGCUCCGCGUCCGUGUAUUUAUUUCUUCUCUCGUGUCGUCGACUCCCUGUGAACCAAACACUAAUCCAAUCACGAACAAGUGACUUUAUUCCAGUAAGUGUUAACCUGUUUUAAAAGCUGCCUCUCAUAUAAAAUGUGGAAAUGAUUUAACUGUGCAAUAAAACGACUCUAAACAACA